GGUGCCAUCGCCUGACAUCAGACGCCAACACUGCCACAGCUGCCGCCGCCUGUGCUCCGAGCCACCGGCUGCCUGCAGACAGAGAAGCGUCAUGGGCUUCUGGAAGUUCUCUCCGUUCCUGGUUCUCAGCAUCCUGGCGCUGUACCAGGUGGGCUUCCUCCAGGCAGCACCAUUCAGGUCUGCUUUGGAAAAUCCUCCAGACUCUGGUGUGCGCAAUGAGGAGGAAUUGCGCCUCCUCCUGGCUGCAGUGAUGAAGGACUAUAUGCAGAUGAAGACUCAUGAGCUGGAGCAGGAGCAGGAGACUGAGGGCUCCAGGGUUGCUGUCCAGAAGAGAUCCUGCAACUCUGCCACCUGUGUGGCCCAUUGGCUGGGAGGCUUGCUGAGCAGAGCCGGAAGUGUGGCAAACACCAACUUGCUGCCCACCAGCAUGGGCUUCAAGGUCUACAAUCGGCGCCGCAGGGAACUUAAGGCUUAAGCAGUGACAUGACCCCAGGAAGAAGGUCACCAUGAAGCGAACUCUACUUCUCUUAACUUAUAAUGAAAACAACUUAUAGAAUGCAGAGCAUGGAAGACAC